GGAAACCCAAGAAAACGAGGGAAUUGAUACUCCCACUCCCACACCCCUGUCCCUCUUCUAUAAAUAUGGAAGGGAAGCCCUCUCUAUCCCAUCUUCCCCUGCAUCGUUGAGAAAAAAGAAUUUCAAAGCUCUGCAACUCUCAAUCCAAAUACCAAGCAGCUACCGAUGUCGCUCUUCCCAAGCGGUAGCCGCCCACGAACCAACUUCUUCGACUACGACGACGACGACAGUGAUUCAUGGAAUCUAUUCAAUAUUGAUUUCCCUCGUAGGGUUCCAUUCGAUUCUGGUUACCCUUUCUCCGAUUCCCUCUCAUUGCCUCACUCCCACUUCUCAGACAAGAUUAAUGAAUUCACCAUUGGACCUUUCAAUAGGAACGAGACCCCAGAAGCUCACGUCUUCAGGGUUGAAAUUCCAGGGCUCAACAAGGAUGAAGUGAAAGUGGAAGUUGAAGAUGGUGAUCUUAAGAUCAGUGGGGAGAGGAGCAGAAAGAAGGAAGAGAAGAAGAAGAAGUGGUGUCGAUUUGAGAGCAGCAGCGGCAAGUUUCACUGUAGCUACACUUUGCCUGAAAAUGCCAAGAUAGAUCAGAUGGAAGUUUCAAUGGAGAAUGGAGUGUUGACUGUCACUGUGCCCAAGUGAUGAGGGCAGCCUCAGUUCAAUAAGCCUGUUUUAAGUCCUUUUUCUGUUGCAGUCUUCAGUUAGUUAGUACCCAUCAUUACUGGUAUUCAGUUAAGUUAGUUAUUUGGUAGAGGUUAGAGUGAGAGUGUAAAUUUUUGCAACUGUCUUUAACAGGAAGUGUUGAAUAAAUAUUUGAUGACUA